AUGCAAGUCGCGCAGCAAGAAGGCAAUGCACAACCAACGUCAUCGCCUCCAAUCCCCCAUACAGCUAUCAUUGAGCAAGCCGAGGAUAGCAGUAGCAUGACCUAUUCUCUCACGAAAGAGGAGGAUGUCCACUUUCGCAUCUGUGAGGAAAUGUCACGUAGCAGACAGGAAUUUCUCUCCCCCUCGCCUCAAUCACAGAACACACAUUGUCGCGAGGUUAUGGAACUACAUGAAGGAGUGAACCCGAUGACCAUCCUCGGACAGGCGCUAGGCCAGCAUCACCCCAAUCGCUUCGUCAGAUUCAUGGUCGAGGAGGACAUUUCCAAGCCCGAGCUAGGACACUCAUUUCCUGGCCUCGACGCGGCAGACGUCGCGUAUCUAGAGGCCAAAGCUGCUCUAAGCUUUCCACCCCGACCAGUUUGUGACGAACUUCUCCGUCUGUACUUUGUCUGCGUCUAUCCUUAUGCACCAAUCCUUGACCGCGUGAAGGUCAUGCAGGACUAUAGAGCUGGCCGACAUUCUGCAUUCCUCUUGCAAUCCAUCUUCGCCAACGUGGUCCCGUACGCUCCAAUGAAGCUUCUGAUGCAGGCUGGAUAUGAAGAUCGCAUAACCGCGCAAAAGGCCUUCUACGCCAAGGCCACGCUUCUUUACGACCUGAGAUGUGAAAGAGACCAGCUGUAUAUGCUGCAAGGCUCCAUAAUGCUCAGCUCCUUGUCAUUCCAGUACGCAAUAGAUAAGGACUACCGAUACUGGCUGAGUAAUGCCGGGCGGAUUGCGACCCAGAUGGGCCUUCACAGAGACUAUGUUUGUGAGAAUCUCGGGAAGCGGUCCAGACGGAUUUUCCGCCGUAUAUGGUGGGUUCUGUACAAUCGUGACACGCUCCUUGCUAUCUCUGGAAUCGACAAUCUGAGGAGGUUCAACGAGAGGUAUUGUGACACCGCUCCAUUGACUGAGUGCGAUUGGGAGGAGGAUGGGGAGAUACCGGACGAGCUACGAGAUGUGCUCGGCCUGGUGUCACCGCUUCAGAAGCUUUUCAUGGUGGAGUAUAUUAAGGUUUCAAUUAUUAGCGCCUGCUUCAUUCGAGACUUCAAAACCCCUGGCAAAAUGCCAAGUCGAGAUGAGAUCGAGCAACUGAGCAACCAGAUCACCAAUUGGCGAAAGCAGUUGCCCGUUGAAAUAAUCUAUGCUCUUCAGGAUGAAUGGACCUCCGACCAUAUUCUAGUCUUGGUGUUGUUGGCGAUGGGUUAUCGCUUAGAGGCAGUUUUCUACCGAGCGGUCAAAGAACAUCAUCGGUCACGAAAAGACUUUGCUUCCAUGAAAAGGAUGGCCCAACGGCAGGAAAACGCAAUGUUCGAACUCUCCACCAUGAUCCAGCGUGCCUCAAUGCAUGAGGUGCUUCAUUUAUGUCCCUUGUCUUUUAUGACUUGCGCAUCCACUAUUCUGGCCAUGCGUAUUGAGAUUGCGCUCGACCCGGCCAUCAGUCCCCAAAAGUUGGUCGCAACAAAGGCCCAGAUCCUUUCGGAGCUGGAAUAUGUGCGAGAAAGCUGCGAGUCCUGGAUCAGUCUCAUCUGGACCCUUAGGAUGUUCGAAGCCGUCAUCGCGCGCACGUGUCUCAGCCCGACGGGCGCGUCCCCCACCGAGCCCUCGGAAGAAGAUGAGGAUUCGACAUCAAUAAAUGCUCCAGCUAGUAACCCCAACGGCCAAUACCAACCGGCUGAAUGCUCUAGCAAUGGGUUCUUUGAGGAGGGCGAAGAAGUCAAUUUCAAUUUACCCUUGACCGACGACGUGUUUGGCAUAUUACCGGUUACCGAGAACUACGAUUGGUUGGAGAACCUCUUUGGUCGGGGCAGCGAUGAUACCACCGACCCGUUAGGGGCCAUCUAA